CACAUUGAUAUAUUGUGGGAAUGAUUUUGUUUGUUUCCGUGAGUUUUCUCAACAAGCAAACACUAAUCCGAUCAUACUCCGAAGGAACAAAACGCAACGCAACGCAACGCAGCAUAACCUCUCUUUCUUUUCUUUUUUUGGGUUCUGGAAAGAUGGGAUGACAAAUAUGGUUGGUGGUGAUAUUGUGCAUGGGUGUCUUGGUUUCAUCGUCGUUGGGUGCUGUUCAAUCGGACAAGCUCCUGGUGGACGACGAAGAGUACGGACUCGAAGGGGGCCGAUCUCCCCCUGAUCUCCUCACUAGUACUAGUCCAUCUGCAUCUGCUGUUCCGAUAAGUAGUAGGAGGAGGAGGUCUUCGGAUCUCGAUUCCGACUCCAAGGUCCAGUUCUCCCUUGAGCACGCCUUCGGUGAUUCCCACUUCUCCCUCGCCGGCACCUUCACCGCUCGCCUCAAGACCUCUUCUCAUGGCUCCCGGACUCUCACCAAACUUCGCUUUUCAAGGGAGGCUUUUACUGAAACAGACAAGGAAAAGUUCAAGAAGCUAUUGGAAGGUGAUGACUUCUACAGGAUAAGAGUGCCAUCCAAUGUGUUGAGCCCUCCUGGAAGGGAGUAUAUUAUUUCGUCAGUGAAAGUGCCUGCAAAGUGGUCAUUCAACUCACACACUGUCUUAAAGUACAGUGAGCAGGCACCAAGAACUCUAGCAAUUGCAGAAGAGAUACUUGGUGGUGAGAAUGGACAUGGUGAAGGUUUAAAGCCACCAGAAAGGUCCUUUUUGGCUAAAUAUAUAUUUCUCGAGUAGCAGUUUGCUUUUGUGGAAUACAGGUGUUUGAAGAUUGCGAUUUACUUUUAUUUUUGUUACCCACAGAAGAAUCAUGAGGGAAACUUUUGUUUUUGAUUUACGUUAUUUUGAAUUGUGAACGACAUUAUGUAUUUAAACAUUGUGUAUGUAUUAUGCAAUAUUAUGUAGUGGGAUAAUUUUGCUAA